GCUCAAAAAGCAUGUUGGGGUCACACACAUGCCUCUGCAUUGAGACAGACAGAUGCAAGACGCACUGUGAACAGAUGAACUGUGGACAUAGGCAAAGCACAGGAUGCAAAAAUGCUUACUUUCUGCUCGAAGCAAUUGCCUGUGUUGUUUUUGCAUAGGAGGACUGUUGCCUGUCCUGCAUACUCACUGGCCUGGCUAAACUGAGGGGGUUGGGCAUUGCUAAUAGCAUUUGGCAAAAAAAAAAAAAAGAAUAGCAUGAUGCACUUGGUAAGGUACAUGCAUGAUCAGCUACACAUUUAGAAAACAUGGAGAAAGGCAAAGAUAAAAAAAGAUGUUUAGGUAAAAGAAGUCAUGCAGGACACAAAGAGAAAAAGUGCAAGACGGGGUAGAUAGAGGGAUGAAGGUAACUGCAGAGAAGAGAGCAAGGGGGGAUUUACUCAUGCUGCACUCGAUCAUUCCCUCUUUUGUAAUGUGGACAAUGAGAGCCAGGGGUACAGAGCUUAAAAAGGAUACGCACACUGUUAGAGCCAGCAACCCUGGAGAGACACCAGCCAACCCGGAGCUGCUGAAUGUUUAGGAGCACAGCGCUUCCCCCAGCUUCUCCACGAUGCUGUAUACUUUGGCGGGAGGAGGCACUCUCUGUGGUGUGGCUGCCCUCGUGCUUCUCAUCGUUUCUACGGCUACGGACUACUGGAUGCAGUAUCGAUACUCAGGUAGUGGUGCCAAUCAAGGGCUUUGGAGGUUCUGCAUCAACCGCAAAUGCCAUACCCACACCAUGACUGUAGCCUUCUGGGAUGCCACACGGGCCUUCAUGUUGCUGGCAGUGCUGAGCUGCUUUGCCGGCGUGGUGCUCGGCCUGAGCGCCUUCACUAAUGGCACUAAAAACAGGAGGGUCCGUACAGGUGGCAUUGCCCUGGUGUUGUCAGGUUUUCUUGCUCUGCUGGCUUUGGCAAUUUACACUGGAGUGACUGUCACCAUUUUUGGCAAGCGCUUCUUGGACUGGCGCUUUUCCUGGUCCUACAUCAUUGGUUGGGUGGCCAUUAUUUUGGCUUUUGUAGCAGGAGUGUUUCAGCUCUGUGCUUACCAGCAGACCACUGCAGAACCUCCUCCUUCAAAUAACCCGGACACCUGAACAAGAUGAACACAUCGAUUAGCUCGAAGACUGUUGCAAUGGAUGUUGACUGCUGCUUUUGAGUACCUAGAAUUAAAUAAAUAGAAAUCAUGGACUCUUUGGUUUUCACUGC